UUAGUCAGUAGAGGAAGUAUGAAAGACUAGAGUAGAGUAGACUAUACUGCUGUAAUAAUUAUAUCUACUAAUCAAGUGGGUCUGUUCUGAACUCAGGAAAAAAAACUGAGCUAAAUUUAGAUAUUUAGUCUCUUUAGUCUUUACUAGGUAAGCCCUUGUCUACGAUGUCUCCACGCUUGAUUCUGGCUUACUAUCUACGAUGCUAACAGCUUUUAUUUAGAGUUUGCAAUGCGUAGGCAUGCUGUAGCUUUUUGCUCUGUCAGGCUCCGCCCAGCUAGUGAUUGCCCACGUUCAUUUUCUCUCGUCUACCACUCGUCUACCGUCACGCGACUUAGCAAGGCAGGCUCUCCUUUUUCUUAGUCUCUUCCUUCUUUCUUUCUUUGUUCCUCCAAUUCGUCCCGUAUUUUAUCUUAUUGAACUACAGUGACAAAGAACAGAAAAAGGAGAGGCUGCAAAGGAGGCUAGGUUUCAUCAUUUAUAGCUUAUCGUGACUCACAAAUUGUGUGGGUGGAGCUAAGAUUGCCCAAGAGACUAAGAAGAAUGGAAGUUGAUGUUGGGGAACACUGUUUUUUCCCUCAAUGCAACAGAUUAGAUUUCCUUCCAUUUGUGUGCGACCUCUGUCAUCAAACAUUUUGUAAAUAUCAUCGAGUCCCCUCCUCUCACAACUGUGAGCACAUCGACACAAAUAUUAUAUCCACAUUGCCUGAGAAACAAGAGUUUCUCUUCCACUGUUCCCUCCCCUCGUGCAAGAAGUGUCAUGUGACUAGUGUGCUGUGUGAGUCUUGUGAGCAGUCGUAUUGCAUCCAGCACAGACACCAGGAGGACCACAGCUGCCCUGCACUGAUAGUAGCCGAGCAACACUCUACUAUAGGACCCUACUUGUACACGCUUCAUAGGAUGUCUACAUUCUGUGUACUAUUGAACAAUGUGUGUGCACUCUUUGACUGGCCAGGUGGGGUGAAAGGUGGCAGUCCAUCCAAACACACGAGUGGAAAAGUUGCUUUGAUGAAGUUAAAAAUGAGAGCAGUUGGUCUGGACUCCAUACCACAGGUGGACAGAGUGUAUUUUGAAGUGGAGCUGCCAAGGACUAGUGGACUCCCUAACACCUCCAUGUUUGUCUCCAAGGAGUGGUGUGUUGGACGGACGGUCGAUUAUAUUGCUCAGAGAUUCAAACUAAAGAACGACAAUCACAAAGCACAUGCUCAAAAGCUGUGUCUGUAUUGUGAGGGUGCAGUACUGGGCAUGUCUCAUAAGCUACAGGACCUUAUACACACUGUCAUCACCAUGGGAAGCCGAACUACACUUACACUAGAAUAUGAAUGCAAAUGAUAUCCAAUAAAUUUUUGUUAUGUGGA